AUGUCAAGCACAGGUAUGAGAACCCCUUCGGAACUUUCCGACAGUACUAAUGAAUUUAGACUGAAAAACAUAAAUGCACUUAAUAUUUGCUUUGGAGACGGAGCCGACGCAAUGUUUGGAGAUAAGCCUGAUUUUUUAUACGAGGCCAUUCUUCUUUUACAAGAUACGAACAAGGAUUUUCUUAUAGGUGUCUGGGAUAAUGAUUCCCUUACUGAAGGCUGGAAUAGUAAAGAAAGGGCACUAGCUAGUUAUAUAUCAAAUGUAUUAAUAAAAGAGCAUGCAAGUGCAGGAAAGCGUGAGAGAGUUACUGACUCAUUUGUAAACUAUCUUUUAGGAGUUUUAGAAUUUAAUGUUCACCCUCUUUCCUUGGAACUGAAGGCAGAUUGUUAUUUCAAAGUGUACAAUAAAAAGAAGGACAAACUAUUUGUGAUAGUUGAUGAAGACAAGCAUUUGAAUAAUAUUAGCAAAGCUACUUGGUGGGGCGAAUAUCAAAUAGCUGGUGAAUUAUUGGCUUCAGCAUUUGUAAACCACGAAAAAAUACGAGGAAUAUACCGUGCUCAAUCAUUAUUUGCGAUACGUGUAAUUGGGACACGGUUUACAUUUUAUAGAGCAGAGAUUGAAUCUAAUUACAUUACCAGUCUUCAUGAGGGAUUUCCGACUAAUAAAAUGUAUAUAUACAGUUAUCCAGUGGAUCAAAUUAUAGAUGAAGUUCCGUGCUUUGAUUAUACAGAUCCUGGUCAAAGACGAAUGAUCCUAGAUAUUUUGAUAAGGAUAAAAUAUUUCGUUCUUCAAAAUAGAACAGUUUCACGAUAG